UCAAACUGUUCUAUAGAGCUUGUGCAUUGAGCGACGAGCGUAAAGUUGCAUUCGGAACGAAAGUCAACAAUCUAACAAGUCGACACACACAGGAAAAUCGAUGACCAUGGAUAUGGGCAUAAUGAAGACGAUUUCUAUAGCAGUAAAGUGGGUUGCGUUUAUUCUUAUGAUGAUAGGUGUCGGCUUUGUCAGUUUCUUCACGAAGGAAUACAGCGAUGAACUGAGCAAAGGCAAUCCUAAACCGGAUCCUUACGACCUUGGCCAACUCGGACGAUACGAAUUUUAUCUGUGCACUGUCAUUAUUGGUUUAGUGAUCGAGCAUAUUGGUUUUGUGUGCGUAUUACGUGGAUAUUUGCUGAAAAAACACAGCGCAAUGUGCAUGGCCGUCGUGCAGGCAUUGUGGGCGCUCCAGCUGAUGAUUUCAACAGCCCUGCUUGCCAGAGUUCUGACCACAUACCAGAAAGAAAUAUCUCCAGGUCAAUCGUACUGUGAUUACUGGGACGAGUUACCAGAAAGGAAGUACAAGUACACCUGUACCCAACUAACCAUUGGAGUGGUAUGUGGCUUCCUUGCAAUGGCUACGUUUGCUGUGGACAGCAUUAUCUCAACGAUUUUUGUUCUGAAGUCAGAAAAUUGAUUUGAACCUACUAUAUUCUUAUAUAUGAUUAGUAGAAAAUCAUGUGAUAUUAUAAACAACCUGUGGACCUUAGCAUACUUAUGACCAUAACAUAUUACCACAAAUAUCGCUACGAAGUUCUGGCAAAAAUUUUUAAAAUCAUUAAUGCUUAGUAGACUGUCACAAUAUUGUACAUUUUGAUGUAUUCUUGCAUAUCUAUGUUUGUAUCUGUGUAGCGUGAUU